AAAUAACGUGACCAAUUAAAUCUGACCAUUUUAUUACUGCUCACUAGACUCACUACCACCAACGACCAUGCCUCUUUUUCCCCUUUAUCUCCUCUUCCUCCUCGCCGCCGUCUCCAUCCUCCCCCACUCCCACCAGUACCAUCCUCUCGACCCCCUCACACCGGCGGAGCUCACCCUCGUCAGCACUAUCCUUACCACCUACUACCCUGGCACCACCCACAACCUCACCUUUCAAUACAUCGGCCUAGAAGAGCCAAACAAAGACGCCCUCCUUUCAUGGCUGCAGAAAAACCAGAUCAAAACACCAAUCCCACCUCGCCAAGCCUCCGUCAUCGCCCGUAUAAACCACAAAACCCACCAAAUCAUCGUUGAUUUGUCCCAUAACAAAGUCGUCUACGACCAAGUUUACCACGGCUAUGGCUACCCUUUACUCACCUUUGAAGAACAAAUCGCUGCCAACGCCUUGGCCCGAACUCACCCGCCAUUCCUGGCGGCUAUCCGACGGAGGCGGCUGAAGAUAGAGGAGGUGGUGUGCGGGAGCUUCACUGUGGGAUGGUAUGGAGAGAAGAGGAGGAACAGAAGGCUCGUUAGGGUAAUGUGUUACUAUUUAGACGGUACGGUUAAUUUGUACAUGAGACCAAUUGAGGCAAUCACGGUGACCGUUGACCUUGACGAAAUGAAGAUCAUAGAGUUUCGGGAUAGAUUGACGGUUGCAGUGCCGAAGGCAGAUGGAACUGACUAUAGGGAAUCGCAGCAGCAGCCUCCUUUUGGGCCACAGUUGAUGGGUAUCACGGUGGUCCAACCAGACGGCCCAAGCUUCACUAUUGAUGGACAUAUAGUAAGGUGGGGAAAUUGGGAUUUUCAUCUAAGUUUUGAUGCUCGGGCAGGUCCAAUCAUAUCACUAGCAUCUAUAUACGACACAGAGAAGCAUAAGACCCGCAGGGUGCUGUACAGAGGAUUUGUAUCUGAACUCUUUGUGCCAUACAUGGACCUAACCGAAGAAUGGUACUACAGAACAUUCUUUGAUGCUGGCGAAUAUGGCUACGGUCUCUGUGCAGUGUCGCUUCAGCCUUACCGGGACUGUCCGGCCAACGCAGUAUUCAUGGACGCUUACAUUGCAGGGCAAAAUGGAAUGCCUGUUAGGAUGUACAACGUCUUCUGUAUCUUUGAACGGUACUCCGGAGAUAUACUCUGGCGUCAUACCGAGACUUCAGUUCCCAGUGAAGUGGUGACAGAGGUUAGGCCAGAGGUGACUUUGGUAGUCAGGAUGGUAUCAACUGUUGGCAACUAUGAUUACAUCAAUGAUUGGGAAUUUAAGCAGAGUGGAUCCAUGAAAAUGACGGUUGGGUUAACUGGAUUGCUCGAAGUAAGGGGAUCAAACUACACUCACAAAGAUCAAAUAAAAGAGGAAGUCUAUGGGACAUUGUUAGCAGAAAAUACAUUGGGUGCACAUCAUGAUCAUUUCCUUACCUAUCACCUUGACCUCGACGUGGAUGGUGAAGCCAACUCCUUUGUGAAGUCGAAGCUGCAGAUGACAAGGGUUCCUGACCAAAGCUCACCUAGGAAGAGUUAUUGGGAGGUUGUUAGUGAGACAGCUAAAACAGAGUCAGAUGCUAAAGUUAAGCUUGGGUUAGAGUCAGCUGAUCUGCUUGUGGUGAAUCCUAGCAAGAAGACUAGAAUUGGUAAUUUUGUUGGCUACCGUCUGAUCCCAGGGUCAGUUGUGGGUCCCCUUCUAUCGGAUGAUGAUUAUGCACAGAUCAGGGGAGCCUUUACCAUGUACAAUCUGUGGGUCACACCAUAUAACAAGUCUGAAAAAUGGGCAGGGGGAUUGUAUGCUGAUCAAAGCCGAGGAGAUGACAACUUAGCUGCAUGGACCAGCAGGAAUAGGGAAAUAGAGAACAAGGACAUUGUAUUAUGGUACACAGUAGGUUUUCAUCAUGUGCCAUACCAGGAAGAUUUUCCAGUAAUGCCAACAUUAAGCAGUGGAUUUGAGCUUCGACCAUCAAAUUUCUUCGAGAACAAUCCAAUGCUCAAAGUCAAGCCACUUAAAGUUGUCAGGUCUUCUAAUUGAUCCACAUCAUCCAUUGCUUAUUUUGAGUUAGAAUCUAGGUUGAUCAUGCAUGCUUGACAAACGCUAAUAGUCAUUAAUUUGAUUAUGUCUUUGUGUGCCAACUGCCAAGCAUCUAAUUCUAAGAUUCUUGGGAGCAAGAUAACACAUAGA